CAUUGAAGACAUACAAAGUACCUCAUUGAUGUAUCGAACACAGUAAAACAAGUGAGAUUAAACCAUUAGUGGUGAUAUUCUUCAUAGAUCUAGCGACCAGGGAACCCGAAAAGCUGGUCGAAUUCUGUAACUCACUCGAACGUAGAAUGGCUUCUGGAUCUCGAGAACAUGACAGAGUUCGAAUCUUCAGGAAGAGAAUCAGAGAACAUCUGCCUGAAUUCACCGCUGCAGGUUUCUUCAUCAUAACUCGUACCACGAUUUAUAACAUCAUCGAAGUUGUCGUUUUCCUGUACAUAGUUGUUGUGCAGUUUCAUUUGACCUCGCAUAAACAAAAUAUUUCUGUGGCGGUUGGUUUCAAUUAUGUCGAGUAUUUCAGUUCAAUCAAUAUGGCACGGCAUGGUCAGACCAUAUCAUUUCUAGAACCUCUCAUAGCCAGGAUCGCAAUAGUCUUCUGCAUCUUACCAAGCUAUAGUUUUCAACAACACAAUUCGACAUCAAAGCAUAUAUUAUUCAACUGCUACAGCUUCAUUUUCACUGCAACAAUAUCAGUGGCUGUGGUUUACAUGUUUUAUUUGCGGGUACAAUGGUUGUAUGAUGCCAUGCACCCUGUAGUGAUAUUUCUAGAAAUUGGUAGAGACUCUGUCGGAAUUGUGUUGAUUCUCUUCUCAGCUUACAGGUCUACUAUCCAGAAAGACAAGUGGUACCAACUCAUAGGAUAUUUCAGGCAACUUGAAUCACCAAAAAUAAACAGAUGGAUCAGUCGAAGCCAUACCAAAUCAUCGAUUUUCAGUAAGCCAAACUGUUUGUUUGUCAUCAACGUACUGGUGUUUAUACUGUUGAAUGUAUCCAAAGCUGCUUACCUAGCUUCGAUCGAUUAUGCGAGGUAUUGGUAUUUUUACUGGUUCUUGAAUUUCGUGGAACACAUAGAACUGGUACAUUUCCAUAUCUUGUACAACCUGUUUCUGUGUGUCAACUAUCAAAUGGGGAUUCUCACGGAGAUACUGAGUCUUAAAGGAGAUAUUCAGUUUCUGAUGGAAAAAAUCAAGGAUGUUCAUCAACUGAUUGACAGAAUACUUGAAACCAUGAACGAUUUCUUCGGAUGGACGGUUUUAUUGAUAUUGACGCACAGAGUGUUGAGAAUUUUAUUUGCCUUAACCAUGCCGAUGUCACCAUCUCCUGUUUUUAUAGGAAGAGAGAUACAAGAGCAUACCUUAUUCUAUCACUACAAUAUUCUAGUUGGUUUAUAUUCACUGUCGGUUUGGAAGCGAAAGGAAUGGCAAAAACUAUUCGUCAGUUUCGAUCAGUUAGAAUCCACCGAGAACUUGAACACCAAAUUCCAAAAGGAAGAACACAUAUUCACUAACAUCAACAUCAUAUUCUUCUUCAACACAGUUCUGUACACAAUUGUAAUAGGUAGUUCCGUUUUCAUGGAAGGAGAAUAUUUCCGUAUUGAAAUGAAGUACAACUGGAACUACAUCGUUCAAGCUUACACGGAACUAUUACAUAUCUUCCUUAUGUACAAUCUGAUACUGGCUAUAAAAAACAAAUACGAGUGCAUCAACGGCAUUCUGGAGACCAAAAUCAACCCACUAGAUCUGAUACACCAAAUAGAUAUCGCAGAAAAUCUCUACUACAUCAUGGAUGAAAUUGUGGCUCUAUUCAACAACUUGUGCGGUUGGAGCAUGUUGCUGGUGAUACUACACAGAGUGAUAAUAGUACUAUACGCUUUGAGCGCACCACUAGCUCCAUCUUACAUAGUCAACGGAAAAACGCUGACUCGUAGUCCUGAUUUGUUGCUGAUAAACAUCUGCUUCAGCUUAGUUUCAUUGGUAAUGGUGAUGAUAUGUUGCAUUGACGUUACCAAAAAGGAGCCCGUGAAACUCGUGAAAUCCAGUAUAAUACUGCAGAAGAAUCUCUCUAUCGAUUCCAAAGAGUACGCACGACUCGAGCUAUUCAAAAUCAGGGUAACAGAAAUUUUGCCAAUAUUCACAGCUGCAGGAUUCUUCCAGAUAGAGCGUUCAACAAUUUUGUCAGUUAUCAGCGUUAUCACUACUUAUUUCAUCGUGGUUGUUCAAUUCUAUCUGAGUUCUCGAUAAUUUUGUAAAAUGUUCAAAGAAACCAAUGUUUGCUGAGAUAAUU